UAAGCAGCUGGAUGCAGGAACCUACCAGGAAGUGGCGGUAAACCAGUAAAGACGUUGGACUUAAUCAUGUAAUGUUUUGUAAAAUGCGGGUCGAAUAAGGUAUCCCCAGUCGAUGUACCUAAUUACCGUGCACAACCGACCACUACCGUCCUCUACCGUGCACAACCACUAAUUACCGUCCACAAGCGUCCUCCCAGGUGAAAGGUCCACUACAAUUAGGAAAACUUACCAAACAUUCAAUCAUCAACCAUGAGUGAUCAACCACCUUCAUACACUGAAUCUGAGGGUGGGCAACAAAAGCCAUAUCCAACACAACCUGCCCCAUACAAUCCCCAAUAUGGACCUCCCCAAGGUCAAUACGGACCACCCCAGGGUCAAUACAUACUCCCACCCCAGGGUCAAUACAUGCCCCCACCCCAGGGUCAAUACUUGGCUGUACCCCAGGGGCAGUAUAUGCCCCCACCCCAGGGCCAGGUGGUUAUUAUGAACCAGCAGCAACAGCUGAAGCCUGUCCUCCCUGGGAUCAGACCAGGUUGGGCCCAUGAUUCUGCCUUGAGGUGUGCUGCCAUUCAGAUCACCUGUGGCAUUUUGGCAGUCAUACUAGGGAUUGUAGGGAUUGCCAUUGGUGCACAUCUUGCUUUCCUAGGCACUGGGAUUUGGUGUGGAGUUUCCUUCAUCAUUGCUGGCGGAGUGGGGGUUGGGGCAGCCAAGAAAAAGACGACAUGUUUGCUGGUCAGUCACAUGAUGUUGUCCAUCCUGUCGACCCUGACCUCCACGGUGUUACUUUCCUUUGCGAGUAUUGGCCUCUAUGAGGAGAUAAACUUUUGCCUUAAAGAUAGUGGUUAUUAUGAGAGCUAUAGCCAUACCGAUGGGUAUUCAGUUGAGAUAUACAACAUGUGCAAAUCAAUUGUGUCUGGGAAGUAUGCUGAGCAUAGCCUGUUGCUCAUCAUUGCAUUUCUCGAAGCAGUUGUGGCCCUUAUUUCCUCCGCAUUAACCUGCCGUGGCACCUGUUGUGCCCCCAAACAGCAACAGGGGCAGGUGAUGUACACUACAUCCCCCUAUGGUCAACAGGCAAUCACUAUCCAGUAUGGUCAGCCUGUGAUGACCACUACUGGGUAUAUUACCCCUGGAGGUCAGCCACCCCCUCUCCAGCCUGUAGCUACCAACCCCACUACCCCACAACAGGUUUAAGUUGACUCUUAGUUGUGGUUCACACCAAGACUGGACUGGUUCUUCAAAAUUUUUCUCAUUGUUUUAGAUUUUUUGAAAUAUAAAAACUUUUAACAUCAUUUACAAGUGUACAAAAUUACAAAAAACUUCUCUCAGUAAUGGUUGAAUCCCCAGAUGUAUUUGUAGAUUAUUUGAAAGAUAAAAAAUUUUAACAUCAUGGACAAGUUUGCAAAAUAACGAAAAACAUAUCUCUCAAUAACUGCUGAAUCUCUAGGUCAAUUUUAGACAUUAAUCGCAUUUGUUUACCAAGUACUACUAAUGAAACUUAUUGGUUAUUUUAAUAAAUUAAAAAAUUUGUUAUGUACCUGGGGUCAGAUAAAGCUAUAACUGCCCCUGGCAUUUUAAAAAACUGAAAGUAAAUACAGUAUUGUUUCAGUGUACGUAUUAAACUUCUGUUGUAUUUUUUUGCAUUAGUUGGUUUGACUGAUUGAUUAAAAUUUAUUUACUUAUUUAUUCAAUUUUUAAAAAAAUUUCUUUGUAAGAUUUCAUUUUAAUAUGGAUAGUCAUCAGUUAAACUCUUUGAUUGCCUGUAGCCAAUGCUGCCUAGAUAACCAAGAGCAUUUUUUCAAUUUUCACAUUUUGCUGUGUAGCUCCUCCUACUUUGAGACAUAAAAACUCAUAACUCAUUGACAGUGUAAUAGAUGUCGAAUUGUAAGAUAGAUUAGAAAAUAAGGGUCAGGUGACUCCGGUCCCAAGUUCAGGGUAGUGUACCACUAGGUACGCACAAUUCUGACAGGCAAGUGAUGACAUAGCCCAGUAUCAAAACAGCAUGUUUUAGCUGUCUAAUCAUUCAUGAUAUAUUAGUUGGCUUUAGCAAGUUUAUUCCUUCAGUAAGUUAUCCAAGUUUGGCAGUCUUAGCUAAGCCCAAAUUUCAAGAUUUUUCUGUUAAACAGGGUCUUGGACACGGGGGCAUCUCGAUAGUCUGAAGGUUCAUUUGUCCGAAAAAAAUGGUAACUUUUGCAUCAGUUUUUUUAAUCAAGGGUUCAUUGGUCCGAAGGUUCUAUAGCAAACAUUCAGACUAAUGAACCUUCGGACUAUUGUUACGGCCCCUUGGAUACAGUGCAGAGAUUAUGCAAAGUGCCACAAAAUGUGAAGUGUCAAUGUUUUUUUUAACCUAUUUGAAGAGACUUACAUUGUUUGUAAAACACAAAAAAAUCAUGCUUUAAGUAAUGUUAUUUAUCAAUUUAAAAGUAUAUUGUAAAAUUUCUUAAUGUCCCUCUCCACCAAAACGGAAAUUUGUUAUCAUUCUUAUUCAAAAUAUGAGUUAAAGGCAUAACAACUGUUUGUAUGAGAUGCAUAUUUCACAAUAAAUACACUGUAAACAAUUCAGAUUAUGAGAUACCCUUUUUAUAUUAUUGUAAAUUAUUCUCUUAGCCAAUAUGCACUGUAUACAAUAUGGUCACUCAAUGUUUUUUCUUUACUUUUACAUUUAUUUGCAUUUUGAGUUUUUUACAGGAAGUAAAAUGCAAAAUAUUUUUAUAUAACUUACAGGAAAAUAUACUGGAACAACAUAAUUAGAAUUACCAGUAGUUAGUUUGAGUUUGUACUCUUUCAAUGUAAUGUACAGUGAUGAUAUUUUACAUAGUAGACUGAACUCACUUCGUAGUAAAACAUUUUUACAAAGAGAGAAAAAAUUAUUUGGUUUAAAAACCAGAAAGCUUUUGUGAAUAUGAUCCUGAAAAUUAGUUUUGGAUACUUGGAUAUUUCUAGAUUUGUGGUAUGGAUAAAUGUUUCUUGGUUUCAUACUUUCAAGCAGGGUGACUUUUUGUGUUGAUCUGUAUCUACUUUCUCUUUUUUAGAUUUACAAAUAUUAAAUUAACCUUAGCUUGGUGAACAUGAACUAUUUUCUUUAAUUUUGCAGUAUAGAGUUUAACUUUUAAUAUUACUUUUAAUAACUUUUAAUAUUACAUAUUUUUAUUGUGAUUUUGUGCUGUAUAUUUUUUAUAAAUGGUCAUUAUUUUCAGUAUUGCUUAGGGUUUUAAUACAUAUGAGUUUAUAUAGGAAUAUUUUUAUUAUUUAAUAAAAAAAAAACUUAAAUAUUA